CUUUUUCUGCAUAACAUUUCACACUGUGACAGAGCCUGUGUGUGUGUGAGAGAGAAGAAUGGAGAAGUCCAGAAAAAAAUUUGCUGAUAUCAUAGAUAGGGCAAUGGUUGCUGCUAACACAAUGGAUCGCGACGAGCUGCUUUUUUCUUACAAGGGGAUUCUCUACCCUGCUACUUUUUGCAGUCCUGAAGUAUUCAGAGCCAUGGAGUCCCUUGAAGCCAGAAGUGAUGAUAUCAUUUUGGCAGGAUACCCUAAAUCUGGCACAAACUGGGUGGGUCAAAUCUUAAAUGAUCUGGUGGCCAUAUUUGAAAAGAAAACACAGAAUAAAGAAAGCAGCAUGAAUGAUGAAGAACUAGAAGAAUUCCCCUACCUGGAAAUUGGAGAUACUGAGAAGUUUGAGCGAAUGAACAAAUUACCUUCUCGAAGGGUUAUAUUUACUCAUCUCCUUCCUGAAAAUCUUCCCAGCUCUAUCUUCAAACGUAAAGCCAAGAUAUUGCUGCUCAUUCGCAAUCCAAAAGAUGUAGCUACAUCUUUCUACCAUUUCUCCAAUGCCAUGUCUCCUCUUCCCUCCUACGAGACCUGGGAUGAUUUCUUUGUAGCUUUCAUGACAAAGAAAAUGCCCUGGGGAUGCUACUUUGAAUACAUCUCCAAAUGGAACAAAUAUGCUGAUGAUGAAAAUGUUAUGACAAUAACUUAUGAAGAGCUAAAAGAGCAUCCGGUCCUGACUGUGAAAAACAUAGCUGCUUUCUUUGGGUUUUCCCUGACUGAAAAAGAGCUUCAGAUUGUGGUAGAGAGGAGCAGCUUCCAGUCAAUGAAGAAGAACUCGCAGAAGACCCACGGGGCAUUUGGCAAUCUUCUCUUUCGCAAAGGUGCUGUAAGUGACUGGAAGAAUCUUUUCAGUGAAGAUCAGAAUGAGAAAAUGGACAAAGCAUUUGAAGAACAUAUAGGAAGAACUAAACUGGGAAGAAAGUUAAAGUAUGAAGUGUACUGUAAAGCCUGAAGAGUCACGAAAAGUGGUUAGAGCAAGAGCUUUCCAAUUCGCUCUGAGAUCAUCUGAAUGCUAUACACUAGAAAACUAGAUCAAAUGAUCCAAGCACCUUAGAAUUACUGUAAUAAUCACAUUGCAGCGGACUUUACAGUGACUAUGAUGAAUAGUGGGCUUUUGUUUUAAAGGUGAGAUCUUGGCUUGCUUUGGCUACAUUCAUUUGCUGAAUAAGAUGGCAACUAGCCAUAUUCAGAUAAACUUAACAGCCUUGUUUCAGUAGCUAUCAUCUGGAAGGAAAUGCCCCUUUUCUCUUUCUAGCCAAACACAGUCUUUCUAGACUACUUAUUAUUUAGUAUGUAGAUUUUUUUUUCAAAAAUGUUUCAAAUUGGGCAACAUAUUCACAGAAAAGAUCACUAGCAAAAAUAUGGAUCUGACACAACCUUAAUUAAUGACAAAGGGUGUCUUCCCCAUGACUUCAGCACAAACUGGAUCAAAGCUAGAGGGAGGACAAUGAAAGGGAAUGGGGAUCAGCAUUCUUAGGCAUUUUAAUCUCUCCGAAUGCAGAAUUUCAAGAUGGAUUUCAGAUUACAGGCUCACGUUAGCAGGCAAGAUCCACUCAGAGGCAUUGCUUUUAUAGAAUUAUAGAACAGCCCAGGAUGGAAGGGACUUCAAAAGACCAUCUGGUCCAACCUUUCAUGGGAAAGGGGGCCUAAAUGAGAUUAUUGCGUCUUGAAAACCUCCAGUGAUGAGGACUCUACCACGUCCCUGGGGAGGUUGUUCCAGUGAAUGAUUGUUCUCACUGUAAAGAAUUUAUUUCUUAUAUUGAGAUGAAACCUCCCGGUACAACUUGUACCCAUUGUCUGUUGCCAUCUCAAUGUGGCUCCUUGUGAACAGAGAGCCUCUGUCCUCUUUGUAGAUGCCCUUUAAGUACUGGAAUACUGUGAUGAGGUCCUCCCUGAGCCUUCUUAUCUUUGCGACCCUCCUUUUGACCCCCCUCCAGUCUGUCUGUGUGUUUCUUGAAUUGUGAUGACCAGAACUGGACACAGUACUCCAGGUGUGGCCUGAGAAGUGCUGAGUUAUAGAAUCAUAGAAUCAUAGAAUCGUUUAAGUUGGAAAAGACCUUUAAGAUCAUCAAAUCCAACCGUUAACCUAGCACUACCAAGGACAGCACUAAACCAUGUCCGUAAGCACCACAUUCACAUGUCUUUUAAAUACCUCCAGGAAUGGUGACUCCACCACUUCCCUGGGCAGCCUGUUCCAGUGCUUGACAACCCUUUUGGUGAAGAAAUUUUUCUUAAUAUCCAAUCUAAACCUCCCCUGGUGCAACUUGAGGCCAUUUCCUCUUGUCCUAUCGCUUGUUACUUGGGAGAAGAGACCAGUACCCACCUCACUACAACCUCCUUUCAGAUGGUUGUAGAGAGCGAUGAGGUCUCCCCUCAGCCUCCUUUUCUCCAGGCUAAACAACCCCAGUUCCCUCAGCCGCUCCUCAUAAGACUUGUGCUCCAGGCCCCUCACCAGCUUUCCUGUAUUGCACGUCUCUGUUGGCGUGACCUGUGGAGAUACCUAUUUCUCCAUCUCAGUACUCUUUAUCUUUCAAAAAGGCAUCAGCCAGAAUACCAGUAACUCCCCCAUCAAGAACAAUUUCACUCAAAGAUUAAAUUAUGGACAUUGGUAGGGAGAAAUAGAGCUGAAGUCAUACAGGUAGAAUUUGAUUCGCAUUAAUGCAGAAUCUAGGUAUUAGGGCUUCAUAUGCAAGUAACCCUCCUGUAGGAUUUGGUGAAGUAAAAAUCUCAAAUGUGAGUGUUUAAUCAUGAGAAGUAUGGCUUAGGAGGUAGUUGUCCUUACCUCUGGACAUAUUGCCUGAAGUGAUGAUGUUACAGUGACCGGCUACAGGAUAGAGCCACUGCCUGGAAUGAAGUUGCACCCUUGGAUGUGUAUCCAUUAGCAGAGUCAAGAGCAAUCUCGGCUGAGAUCCACUGUCCACUACAUGUUGGUUGUCCAGUUUGCAAAUUGCACUGCAUUGCUCACCAAUUAAAAAUAUUUCAGAGAAUAUCUUUUAUAGGUCUUUCUUUGCUUUCUUUUAACAUUCUGGAUGCUACUAGUUGUUGCCCCAGUAGAUUCCUGUUCCUAGUAUCAGCUGCAACAAAGACUCUAUGUCACUAUUGUCA